UAUUGUACUGUUUGAGUUUUAAGAAUCCUAUAACGCAAAGAUGCGUUUAUUUUACGAUAUAAUUUUCCUAAUUGUAGGCCUUACAUCAGUUUUGGCCUUUCCUGGAAAACAGCAAAGGAUUAUAGGUGGUUCAAUAACCAGUAUCGAUAGAUACCCAUUUGCAGCAUCUCUCUUAUUCUCUUGGAACUUACAGCAGUAUAUGCAAUCAUGUGGUGGUACUAUUAUUACCAAUCGAGCGGUUCUUUCGGCUGGUCAUUGCUUUUUCGGUGAUUCAGCGGCGAGGUGGCGAAUUCGUGUCGGGUCUUCGUGGGCAAAUAGCGGUGGCGCGGUGCACAACACCGCUCAGAUUAUCAUCCACCCUAAUUUCGAUUACGAACAUAUCGAUAGCGACAUAGCCAUACUGCGCACAGCCACUCCCUUCGUGUACAACAACCGAGUGCGCGCCGCUAGCAUUGCGGGCAUCAAUUACAACCUUGCGGAUAACCAAGCUGUUUGGGCUCUAGGAUGGGGUCUAACAGCAGUAAACGGAUCUGCAUCUGAGCAACUACGUCACGUCCAAAUCUGGUCAAUCAACCAGAGCAUUUGCAAGAGUCGUUACAAUGAACUGGGUCUACGAAUAACCGAUAACAUGCUAUGUUCGGGUUGGCUGAACGUGGGUAGCCGCGACCAGUGCCAGGGUGACUCUGGCGGUCCCCUGCUGCACAACAACGUUGUCGUUGGCGUCUGCUCCUGGGGAGAGAAGUGUGCACUCGCCCGUUACCCCGGUGUCAACACUCGCGUCUCUCGCUUUACUUCUUGGAUCCAAGCUAAUGCCUAACGUGUAUUUGAAUGUAAUAAAGUAAAUCGCAUAACAUGU